AAAUGUUUAUACAGUAGUUUAGUAUCUACUUUCAAUUUGUUCAGAGGGAAAAAUAAGAAAGCUCAAAACAUGGACAACCAAGAAAAACAGAAACAAGUUGGAACGUCAAGAAGGAAACGAAUGAAGGCCGUUCAAGCAAAAAUCAGAGAACAAAUGGAAUUUUACUUCAGUGACUCAAAUAUAGCUAAGGACAGAUUUAUGAAAAACUUGAUAGAGUCAUCAGAAGGUGGAUAUGUAGACAUUGAGGCCUUUAUGAAAUUUAAGAAGAUAUCCAACCUUACCUCUGAUGUUAUCCAGAUUAGGAAGGCACUCUCACACUCUGACUUUUUUGAGCUUAAUGAAGAGAAAACUAAAGUGAGAAGGAAAACACCAAUUCAGGAAUUAAAAGAUUUAGAUGAAAAAACUGUUUAUGUAGAAUGUUUACCCAAAACAGCUGAUCAUCAGUGGUUGAAGAAGCUAUUCAAACCAUGUGGAAACAUUACUUACAUCAGUAUACCAAAAUUUAGAAGCACAGGGGACAGGAAAGGAUUUGCUUUUGUAGAGUUUGACACAGUAGAAGCUGCAAAGCGGGCAUGUCAGGAUUUGAACAACCCCCCUGUAAGACCUGGAGAAAAAAAUUCUCCUGGAAUGUUUCCGAAGUUCAAUCGACAACUGACCAGCAUGCAAAAAAAACUGGAGGAAUUUGGAGAGAAUGACUCUGAACAGAAACUGCCAGUCAGAGUCAAAAUGAAAAGGGAGAAAAGACCAAGAAGCAAGAAUAGUGAAAGUAGUACAGAUUUGUCUGAUGUGUCGCCAAAGAAGAGACGGAACACUCUCAGUACUGAGACCGUGGAGGGAGAAAGUAUGGGAUCCUCUAAAAGGAAGAGGAAGAUGAGAGAUUCUGAGGGUGAAACUAGUCAGAGGAUGAAGGGGGAAGGUGGUGAAAGUGAGGACAAAUCCAAUAGUCAGAAAAAAGGCAAGAAAAGGAAGCAGAAAACUGUAUCUGAUACCAGUGCUAGUGAAUCAGAUGUGAGUAAGUCAGGGGAAUUCAGUGGUUCAGAGACAGAGAAAAAGAGGAAGAUUUCUCAGGAUAAUGUAGAACAGACAGGCUCUGAUGGCAAUGUUACAGGUAACAGCAUGAAGGAGAAGGGUGAUCAAAAACAGAAGAAGAAGACUUCAGGUGGAGAAAUGCAGGAGGAUACAGAUGCACAACAGACAAAACAGGAAGUGGCUGACGUAAGCUUGAUGGAGGAAACAGGAAGAGGAAGUCCAGCCAAGAAAAAGGAGAGGAGGAAGAGGAAGAAGAAACACAAAGAGAAAUAUCUGCCAGAGCUCAGAGUGAUGCCAAAAUUGGAAUGGUUACAACUGAAGAAAGAGUAUUUAAGUCUUCAGAAGAUGAACAUGAACAAGUUGAAAAAGACUCUGCAACACAUGAAGAAAGAAGACUUACCUGAAGAAAGCACAGAUGCAGUAACGGAGGAGAUGCCAGAUAAGCCUACAGUGGAGAUGCCAGGGACUGUGGUACAUCUGACCAGUGGUUCACCGGUCUACAGGAAGCAGCUAAAGACUGACUUAGGUUCAGAGGUACAAGUGGCCUAUGUAGACAUAAGAGAAGGAGAAAAGGAGGGCUAUGUUAGAUUUAAGGAUGCCGCUAGUGCUACAAAGACCGUGGAGCAUUCCUGGCCCCAAUAUCAGUUUGUUUUACUCACAGGAGCUGACGAGGAAGCUUACUGGGACAAACUGAAGUCAGAUAAGAUGAAGAAAUAUCAAAAUAAACAGAAAAAGCAGGGGAAGAGUGGGCAAAAGAAGCUAAUUGACAGAGCACAGAAACGAAACAAGGAGAACCUGGACCGAGUUCACAUCCGAUUUGGAGAGGAAGACUGAGCAUUGAAUCUACAGUUCAAACUAUACAUUGUACAUUCUGCAUUUUUUUUGUUACUAUUUAAUAGUGCUGUCAUUCAUUUACUUGCAACAUGUGAAAUAAAAUUCAUUUGAUUA